UGGUUGGUCACUACGAGGUGCAAGUGUACGACCAGGUGGUGAUGACAGGCAACACCGCCGUGCUUCGCUGCGCCGUGCCUUCCUACGUGCAGGAAUACGUGACAGUGACAUCCUGGGUGCACGACAGCUCCUUCAACAUAUAUCCUUCACUGCACGGAGACGGGAAGUACCACAUGACCACUGACGGGGAGCUACAUGUGCUGGAGGUUGGCGCCCCUGACGGUCUCUCUCGCUUCCAAUGCAGGACCCUUCACAGACUGACCCGCCGCGCCCAGCUGUCCAAUACCCCUGCUCGAAUCAUCAUCACAGAGCCCCAAGGAACAGUGCCUCCCAAGAUACAAGAGCGGUCGAGGCGAGUGGUGGCGGAGGCAGGGGCGCGUGUCACCUUGCCCUGCGUUGCCCAGUCACACCCUCCGCCCACCUACAUGUGGUACAAGGGCGCCACAGCCUUGACUGGGAGCAGCGGGGUGUGGACGGUGGGCGGGUCUCUGGUGUUGCAGCGUGUGGGCGUGGCGGAUGCUGGGGAGUACAUUUGCGUGGCUAACAACACCGUGGGAGAGACAAGGUACUCCGCCCACCUGCUUGUCACGAGGCCUCUCUCUGUACAGGUAACCCCGCGGGAGGUGCAAGUGGACGCGGGUGGACGCCUUGAGCUUCGAUGCCACGUGUCAGGGGACCCCGUGGAUACAGUUACCUGGAUGAAGGACGGUAGUCUGCUCAGUCACAGGUCUAAUGAUAGAGUGAGGAUCCGUCCCCGGGAGUCGCUGCAUCUCGCCCCUGUGGACAUCUCAGACACGGGGAUCUAUCAGUGCGUGGCCACCUAUGGACAGGAUUACGCACAUGCCCCGGCUUACGUCACUCUCGGAGCCGCCGCCCCGCAGUUGGUAUACCGGUUCAUAGAGCAGACGAUUAAGCCAGGUCCUUCUGUCAGUCUUAAGUGCAUCGCCACGGGCACACCCACGCCACACAUCACCUGGACUCUGGACGGCUUUCCCAUACCUCACUAUCACAGGUACGUGAAGGGCCAGUACGUAUCAGCGCACGGGGACGUCAUCAGCCACGUGAACAUCAGCUCUGUGCACGUGACAGAUGGCGGUACCUACACGUGCACGGCGGAGAACAGCGCAGGGAAGGUUAUGCACGCUGCGAGGCUCAACGUGUAUGGUCCCCCGCACGUGAGGCCAAUGGGUACGGCGUCUGCUGUGGCCGGCCAGACCUUCUAUGUGACGUGCCCUGUGUCUGGAUACCCCAUUCACAAGAUUACGUGGAGCAAAGAUGGCGUGCGGCUGCCAACGAGUCACAGGCAGCGGGUGCACACUAAUGGAACCCUCAUGGUGGAGCAGGUGACGCGCGAUGCAGACAAGGGCCAGUACACGUGCACGGCCAUCAACAGAGCAGGCCAGCAGGACACACAGAAGCUCAACGUUCGUGUUAUGGUGCCCCCUCGCCUGGCGCGCCUGGCCUUCCCGGAGGAGACCCGCGCGGGGAUGCGGGCUCAGGCGACCUGUUUUGUGCAGGAGGGUGACCGGCCCCUCACCCUCGCCUGGUUGAAGGACGGCCGCCCGCUGGACCCGCGCCUGGAGGUCCGCAUCUCGCAGCUGGACGCCUUCACCGCCAUCCUGGUGAUCGACCGUGCCGACGCCGUGCACUCCGGCAACUACACCUGUGCCGUGACCAACGCGGCGCGCACGGCCACCACCUCGGCCCGCCUGACCGUCAGCGUCCCUCCGGCGUGGGUGGUGGAGCCUGCCAGUACCAGCGUGGCCCUAGGUGGAACUGUAGCCCUGCAUUGCUUCGCUAAGGGCUUCCCGAAACCUACCGUGGACUGGCGCAAGGAGACUGUUUCCGGAGAGUUCGUGGGCGUGGCUACGGGCGAGGGGGGCGUGACAGGCUGGGAGAACGGAACUCUGAUGGUAAGCAGGGCGGAGAGGCGACACGAGGGCCGCUACCUGUGUGAAGCGAACAACGGAGUGGGCGCGGGGCUCUCCAAGGUGGUUAGCCUCAGCGUGAAUGAGCCGCCUUGGUUCGGGGUGCGGAGUCAGCGGCAGCAGGUGGUGGUGGGCGGGGCGGUGACGCUGAGCUGUGAGGCGCAUGGUGAUAAUCCUCUCACUCUCAUGUGGACAAGAGGUGGUGCUCCCUUACCUCCUCUCCCUAGGUAUGAGGUGUCAGAUCGCAAUACAGACGGAGGACGUGUGUCAGAGCUGGUUCUUCGCUCCACCCACAUCACGGACACUGGCACCUACACCUGCACAGCCUCCAACACUCACGGCUCCCUCACCGCUGACUUCCAUCUCCUCGUGCAAGAUGUUCCUGCUUCCCCCUCUGGUUUGGCGGUGGGAGAGGAAGGGUCCCGCCACCUCACGCUCUCCUGGACGCCCCCUGAAGACUCCAACGCCCCCAUCACCGCCUACAUCAUCAGCUUUGACGCCCAACACUCCCUCAUGGUGGGCAGCGCGAGGGAGGUGACGGUGGAGGGCGACCAGAAGAAGGUGCGGCUGGAGGGCCUGCAGCCUGCCACUACCUACACGCUGACGGUGGUGGCAGAGAACAGAGUGGGCCGCAGCCAGCCUUCCCCGCCCCUCACAGCGUCCACCCACGAGGAGCCGCCAACGGGACACCCUCAGAAUGUUGUGGUGGUGCCAGUGUCCUCCACAGGGCUACAGGUCACAUGGGAGCCGCCUCCUGACAAUCUGACCCAUGGCACCAUUCUGGGUUACUACCUGGGAUUCAAGGACGACAGUGAAGGGGAGGCCGGGGCAUACAACUUCACCACAGUGGGGGGUGAUGGCGCAGGAGGAACCACCGCCACACUCUCCGGUCUGCGUCCUCAUGCCAGCUACUCAGUGGUGCUCCAGGCCUUCAAUUCCCGAGGGGCAGGGCCUGGCUCGCCGCCCACCCACGCCACCACACUACAGGACAAACCCAGCGCACCACCAGGCCAUGUCACGUGUGAAAGCGUCACCUCCACCAACCUAGUGGUCACCUGGUCACCGCCGCCACCCCGGGCACGCAAUGGCAUUAUCACCAACUACAGACUCAGCUACUCCCUUCACCCACCCCACGGCGGUGGCGAGGGAGGCAGUGUGAUGCAGGAUGGCCAGCAAGCCACCCUGGACAGCUUGACGCCCUGGACCAACUACAGUGUGACAGUGGCAGCCUUCACCAGGGCCGGCCAGGGCGUCUCCUCUCCUGCCAUCAUCUGUACCACGGAGCAGGACGUCCCAGAGGCGCCGGCCCGGGUGAAGGCGGUAGUAUCGGGGCCUCGAGGGGCGGUGGUGUCCUGGGCGCCUCCAUCACGACCCCACGGCCGCAUCACCCGCUACACCGUCCACUGGCAGCCGGCUGGGGGACGUGGGGGCCCUCACAGUCGGCGGGUGGAGCCACACCUCACCCACCUCUCCCUCCACGACCUUCCUCACACCACACACCAGGUAUGGGUGACAGCCUCCACCAGGAUGGGCGAGGGUCCUGCCAGUCCAGUGACACUCGUCAAACCCACACACACAGUCCCAGCAGGCGUGUGGUCGGUGGGCGGGAACCUAACAGCAGCCUGGAAGGAGGACAUGAGCCUGGCGUGUGGGGCGGUGGGUGUGCCGGAGCCUAGCCUGAUCUGGACCCAUCUGCGUAACGUCAUCUCGGAGAAGCAUGAGAGGUUCAAGAUACAGCCUGAUGGAACCCUGACACUGGCAGACAUACAGCGCAGUGACAGUGGCGACUAUGUGUGUACUGCCACCAACAAUCACGGUGUGGACACUGUCAUAUAUAACUUGACUGUGCUAGUGCCUCCGUCAGCGCCUUCCCUGCAUGUGACAGAGACCACCGCCUCCUCCAUAAGGGUGCAGUGGAGCGUGGAGGACACAGGCGGGGCACCACUACAGGGCGCCACUUUGCAUUACAGGUCUGAGGGAGGGGAGUGGAUGACAGAGGAGGUGGGGGGAGAGCACCAUUCCUACACAGCUACUGGUCUUCGCUGUGGCACUCUGCAUCACUUCUACCUGACCGCUCACAACUACAUAGGCACCAGCGCAGCAUCACGCACAGAGCCAGCACGCACCAAGGGCAGAGCACCAGAGGCUCCACCACAGUUCCAGUUUGUGACCACCAACAGCUCCCAGGCCACUCUGUACCUGGCACAGUGGGGCGACGGAGGCUGCCCCAUCACUCACUUCUCUGUGCAGUACCGCAUGGCUGACUCCCGACACUGGACCACAGUGGGUAGCGAGGUGCCACCAGCGAGGACCUAUGCAGUGGGGGGGCUGGAGGCGGGCAUGAGGUAUGAGAUGCGCGUUACGGCCUACAAUGCAGCAGGAGCCACACCUGAGCGCUACACCCUCACCACACCGGGGCUGGGACUGGCAGCAGGUGUGGGUGCAGGUGUAGGAGGGACAGGCUGGGGCGCUCCCUCUGCCCCUGUCUGGCGUGACCCUCGCGUCCUGGUGCCUGCUGCUGUGUCUGCUGUGGCCCUCCUCCUCACUGUCACCACUGUCUGUGUCUGCAUCAGGAAGCGGCCCCAGAGUAGUGGAGGGCAGGAGGGCGGGGGAGAGAAUGUGCCGGCGGAUGAAGACAAGUCGGCACUGCAAGCGAGGGAGGAACAACAGGGCCAGUACACCACCGUCCGCCGCCCCGCCCCCACCCCGCCCCAGCACCACCACCACCACCACCCCCACCCCGUCGACACCACCGGCGACUACAGCGAGGAGGAACUCUACCCGUACGCCACCGCCACGUUUCAGAUGAGUGGCGGCAGUCCCCCCCCGCCUGCCCCACCCUCACCGCCCACCCACGGCCACCUCCCGCAGCCCCGCGCCCAGAAAGCGUUCACUGCUCUCGUGUAUCAAGCGCCCUCACUGCACGAUGUAGACUCCCCGAACCUGAGCGAGAGGGAGAGAGAGGUGAAGAGGGGUGUGACUCGAGGCUACACUUACGAGCCCAGCGAAACAGAGGAUUAUGGGAGUGUGCUGGAGCCGACCCCCGACCCCCGCUGUCCCCCCCACCACCGCCGGCCCCCUCGCCACCUCCGGACCAGUAGGGCCACUCGCAGCGUGCGCUUCCCCUAAGGCACCACACCGCCCCUCCACCACCACCACCACCACCACUACCACAAGGCACCACAGCAGCACACUCUCCGUCUGGCUCGCCACUCAAGGAGCCCAGCAGCAACACGAAGGCUGAGCGAAGGCAGCACCUCCACCCGCGACCUGCCCAGUGACGCUGAGUGUGACCUGCAUUGGUGACAGCCCCUGCAGCACCCCUCCACCCCCGGCACACCCCAGCACACCACCCCACGCACUUCAAAGCCUCUGGGCCGCCCCCAGAUGCCUCUCCCCAAAAAUCUUCCUGGGGAUGAAUAAGAUGGAAAAAUGAUACUAAGGUGAAUGAUGGCCCCUGAAACACCCUAAUUCACCCCAAUACACCCCCCAUAGCCUCUAAAAGACCCCAGGAUGUCUCCAGAUGCCUCUCUUACACCCUCACAACCUUCCUGGGGGUGAAUGAGAGGGAAUAAUAAUACUGGGGUGAAUGAUGGCCCAUGAAACACCCUAGUUCACCCCAGUACACCACCCCAUGUCCUUCAAAACCCCCAGAUACCUCUCCCACACCCCUACAACCUUCCUGGGGGUGAAUGAAAGGGAAUAGGAUACUGGAGUGUGUGAUGCCCCUUAAAACACUCUAAUUCACCCCAGUAUACCCCCCUACCAUCUCCAAAAACACCCCAGAUGCUUCUUCCCCACCCCCACACACCUACAAUCUUCCAGGGGUGACUACAGAUGCUGGGAUGUAUUGAAGGUCAAAAAUACACCCCAACUCACCCCAGCACACACCCUACAGCACCCAAAACACCCCUAAAUGUCCUCAAAUGUCUGUACAAUGUCCUCACAGCUUCCCAUGGGUGAUUAAAGUGGUGUUAGCUUGCUGGGGUGUGAUUCAGGGUGUAGCAGGGUGGUAGGUGUGGCGGUGGUGAAAUGCUCCCAGUCUGGUGCAUCUCUUGUACUUUGCUUUGCCUUGGGUGUAAAUGUUGAGUGAUUUGGUGUUAGAAGAAAGGAGUGAAGGAAUAAGUUAUCAGAGGGACUAACUUACUAAACAAAGGGGUAAUGGAUGAAAGAAUGAUUGGUGUAGUGGAUGUGAGAGAAAAUAAGUAGAAAAAUAAGCUAUCAAAAUGGAAAUAGUUAAAAGAAUGACUUAUGUAUGUACUAGAAUUGAGAGGAAAGAAAUGGAAAAAAUAAGUUAUCAGAGGAACUAACUUACUAAACAGAAGGGAAAUGGAUGAAAGAAUGAUUGAAAUAUUGGAUGUGAGAAGAAAAUAAGCAGAAAAGUAAGUUAUCAGAAGGGAAAUAGUUAAAUAAAUUAUUGAUGUACUAGAGUUGAGAGGAAAGAAAUAGAAAAAUAAGUUAUCAGAGGAAUUAACUUAUUAAACAGAAGGAAAAUAGUUUUAAAAAUUUAUUGAAGUACUGGCUGUGAGAAAAAUGUGUAGAAAAUAAGUUAUCAGAAGAGAAAUUGUUAAAAGAAUGGUUGAAGUACUAGAUGUGAGAGGAAAUUAAUAGAAAAAUAAGUUAUGAGAGGAAGUAACUCAAUAAACAGAAAGGAGAAAUUUGAAGGAAUAAAUGAAGUACUAGAGAAACUAACUUAGAAAAAAUGGAAGAGAAAUAAAUACAGAAAUUAAUAGUCACUUUGAUGCUAGAGGAAGAGAUGAAAAGUACAAGAAGGAAUGGAUGGAAUACCAGAGGAAGAGAAACAGACACAUGAAAUUAAUGAAAUAGAUAAAAAAAAAAAAAAAAGAUAAAAAAUAUAAAAACAUCACUGCUUUGAAACUUUAAGACUUGACGUGUUAAAAUACACCAAAAUAAAAGAAUAUAUGUAAAAAUGUUGCUCUGAAAGAAGUUUUAACAAUAUAUACAUACAUAUAUGCAUACAUACAACCAUGAAUAGACUGUAUACAUAACUCUCUACUAUAUAUACACACAUACAUACAUAACCAGUGUGAUCUGCUGCUACCUUUCCAAUACAAUUAUCUCAAUCAACUCUGGUGUGUGAAAUAAUAAUGCUAAUAAUGAUAGUAAUAAUCUGUGUUUUCAGCGAUUCAUUUCACUCUUGUUUCUAAUUGUGAUUUGAAUUUUGACACCACUACCCACUCCAGCCCCACUCCAACCCCACCCAGAUCCACCUUAAAUACUCCAAACUUAUUCCAAACCCACCUAGAUGCAUCCAAACUCACUUUCAAGCAUUCCAAACCCAUCUUAAACACUCCAAACCCAUCUAAAUUCAGUUUUAAACAUUGCAGACCCACUCAGACCCACCUUAAGCAUUUCAAACUCGCCAAAACCCACUUUUAAGUAUUCUAAACCUACUCAAACUCACUCUAAACACUCCAAACCUACCCAAACACACUUUCAAACAUUCCAAACCCAUCCAAACUAAUUUUUAAGCACUCCAACUCCACCCAAACCCACCUUUAAGCACUUCAAACUCACCCAAACCUACCUUUAAACAUUUCAACCCCACCCUACAUUGUCAUUCCCUUAACACUAAACACUUUUUCAAAUGCAUUAGUUUAUUUUCUCUUCCUUUUGUAUUGGUCAAAGUGGAGAAAGUUGCCAAUUGUUAAUGUUACUUUGUUUUGUUGUUGUUGUUGUUGUUUUUGUUAUUGUUGUUUUUUUUUCUAAGUUGAGGUAUAGAUGUUCCUGUGUGUGCCAUGUGUGUGUGUGGUGACAACUGUUCAUUAUAGUGUUCCAGUUGUAAUUCCAUCGUCAAUUCUUGCUACUCCUGCUCUCAUUCCUGUCUCCCUUUUCCUUCUCCUUCCCUUCCCUCACCCUGUCACCCUGUCACUCUCUUUUCUUUCCUUCUUACUCAUUCUUGUCCCCUUUCCUAAUCCUGUUAUUCACUUUUUUCCUCCCUCCUUCCUGUCUCUCUUUCUCUCUCCUUUCCUCACCCUGUCAUUCUCUUUUCCUCACUCCUGUCUCCAUUUCUUUCUUCUUUCUCACCCAGUCACCCUGUCACUCUAUUUUCCUCCCUCCUUCCUCAUUCCUGUCUCCAUUUCUUUCUCCUUUCUCACCCAGUCACCCUGUCACUCUAUUUUCCUCCUUCCUUCCUCAUUCCUUUCUCCUUUUUCUUCCCCUUUCCUCACCCUGUCACUUGAUCUCCUUCCCUCCUCCCCUCUUUCUUCCAUUCACCCUGUCAUUGUUUCUCUAUCCUCUUUCUUUUGUUUAUCUAGAUUUAUGUACUCCUUUCCCUUCUUCUCCUUUUGCAUUUUUGUUUUAGUCUUUUCACUUCCUAUUUUUCCUUCAUUUUUUGUCUCUAUUCUCUCCUCCUCUUCUUCCUGUUCUUUCUAUCAUAUUAUGUACCUUUUCCCUUCUUUUAUUGUAUUUUUGUCUUAUCCAUCCUUUCUUUUUCUUAUUCUUCUCUCUCUCUUUCUGUCUCUCUCCUCUCCACCACCUCUUCCUGUCCUUCCUACUAUUCUGCCUCCUCUUUCUGUGUUAUGGCAUUAUCUUCUGUUUAAAAGGUAUUAUAUUUGUGACUACCUAUCGUAUCUGUUGUGUGGGGAAGUGACAAGCUAGUCUUUACCUCCCCUCACUUCUAUAUAACCUUCCUCAUUACUCCCUCAUUUCUCUAACAUUCAUUCAGAUCAGGUUGACAUUUAUACUCCUCCUUCUCCUCCUGGUAAGUCACUCUCCAAUCUGCAACAUUUUAUUGGCUGUUGUGAUGGUGAAGCUCCUCCCCUUCCACUCCCCUGAGGCACAUGAUUGGCCAAUGCUGAGGGAGAGGAUGCAUGUGAUUGGGGGAGCUGCAUCGAGUUUAUAUGCAAUGGUAUUAUGGAAGUGUUAGUCAAUGGGUGUCUUUAUAGUGAUUCCAAGAGCACCUGGUGACAAAAUGUUCAGUACCCUGGUCCUACAAGCUGAUCUUUUGACUUUUUCCUGUGGUUUGGUCUCUCAGGCACUGUGGCAUCUCAUCUCACUCUUUUCACAGGCUGUAGUGGAGGUUAGCUGGGUUUUGUGGUUCUGUGGUAGUGUUUCCCUCUCUUCACAGGUUGUAGUGGUGAGCUGAGUUUCCUAGGCUGUUUUUUUGGUUCUGUGAUAGUGCUGUCCUUUCUUCACAAGCUGUAAUGGUAAGCUGGGUUUUCAAGGGUGUUCUGUGGUUCUGUGUUAGCUCUACCCUCUCUUCACAGGCUGCAGUGGAGGUGAGCUGGGUUUUCAAGGGUAGUCUGUGGUUCUUGUGAGAGUUUAAAGAAAUGUGCUUGAAAUCUUGACUCCUCAUCCCUGUGGUCUGUGAAGGAAGUGUAGAUGAGAAGAGGAAAGUGUGUAAUAAUGUGUAAUGUGGAAUGGAAGGUCAAAAGGUCAGCCAAUGAUGAAUACCGACUCACCUCUCCUUUGAAAUCGAUCGCUUUUUCUGUGAUACAGUUGCCAAAAAAAAAAAAUUAUUAUUAUCUGUUAUCAUUAUGGAAUUACUGUUGGUAGGAUAUGCAUCUCUGGUUAAGGUGAUUUUGUGAAAUACAAUACACACACACACACACACACACACACACACACACACACAAACACACAAACACACAUACAUACAACAAAAACAUUGCUCUCAAUAAUACUUAAGGCUUGGAUAUUAUGACAGUAUUAAAAAUUUCACUUGUAAUACUAAAAAAAA